AUGGAGCCUACGGACAUAUACGAAUUCUAUACAAAUAAGGCGAUUAUGCAUUUGAAGUCAACAGAAAUAAUGCAUCAUGCAUCUUACAUAUGCAGUAUAAAUGCACGCACUGCAGUGUUUGACUUUUGUGGAAAGAUGCCUGAGUUCUGGAAGAUGUUUGCUGCCGUUGAAAAGGAGAUGUUUGUAGUUUUUGACACUUCACAGAGCCAUGAGGAGAUUAAACAGAUCUGCAAUGAAUGUGAGAUAGUUUAUAUUCUUGAGGAUGAAUGCAUGGCUGACAAGAAUGUUUUUUUCGGCAGUGAAAGUGUUAUUUUUUUGCUGUACAAUAGAUUCCGGUUUGUCUGCUGUGUUUAG